AACUGUUGAUGCAUAAUUCACAUUGCUUCUCCUACACCAUAUCGGAGUCUUUUCUCGAGCCACAUUGCACCAACUCUGCGUCAAACUCCCGCCAACAAAAUGACAUCCACUUCAAACUCCAGGUUUGAGUCACUUGAAUCAUGGCUCAGCAUUUAUGGUACGGCGGAGUACGUCGUGUACAAAAGAGAAGCCACCACACCACACCUCUCUUAUGAGGACUGGGCAUCAUCGCAACACGUCCUAGGUCCUUAUCUGUACCACCUUACCUUGGAUGCUUGGGAACAAGAGUCAUCUUCCGAUGGGGACGAUGAGGAACCUAAGAAACCCGUCAAACCCGAUUCGUCUGAGCAGCUAAUGUCAGAGCUAGCAGAGACAGUAACAAAAAACGGUAAUGGCACAUUGCAUCCUCUAAGGUCAACAACACCUGUGGUCGCAAUACUAGAGGAGCCUACCGUCCUUGUUAAAAAGCGAAAGCAGAAGGGAAAAUAUAAGCGUCCAAUAUCUAUUCCGCCCGAAAAUAUCAACGCAUCUGCUCCUGUUACUGGAGCUGCGACUCCAGUAGCAGCAGCUGGCACGUCCGAAGGGCCGAGCACAUCGUCAGCACCGAGGCGGACACUCAGGGUGAGGACGCCAGCACAGCAGCGACCUUACCUCCAUCACGCCAAAUUAUUUCAAGAGCAGCUAUCAGCCGACGAAGAGUCAUUCGUCCAAAACAAGCUAUCUCCUAAAGCUAAGCCUAGUAGGCUCUCGCAAACCAGCACUUCCGCUUUUGAAGAAGAUCCUCAAGACGAUUCGCACGAUCAAGGAAAUGGACAAACUCUGGAGGAACUAGCAUCUAGCUCGAAUACCAUGCCAAUUCGGAGGCGUUGGAAGAAGACUGUGGAUGAAGAAGACGAUGAUUACGUAGCGUCAUCGAGUAAGCAGAUGCCUAGCGAAAAGAAACCAAGUCGAAGAGGAAGACCAAGGAAAGUUCCUAGAGCCUCUUUACCCGAUUCGUGGCACCAGCCUGGGUCCAGUGGAGAAGACCAAGAGAACAACGCGCUCACAGUGGAACCCGCGAGUGAGAAGAAGCAUAAAAAGAAGGGAAGGUCGAAGAAACUCAAGGACAAGGAUGAGGGAAUUACUGCAUUCCAACAGGGAAUUGGCCGUGACGGAAAUGAUGAUCAUGAGGAUCAGGAAAAUCAUGGGACGCCAAUCAGUCCACUCAAAAAAGCUAGGAAACGUAAGACGGAGAAACGUGGGUCGGAUGCAUCUUCAUAAUAGCAUUGUUAGGUG